AUGAGCCUACUGGACAGCGCCAACCAUCCUUUGUGCUUUGGGCCCAGCAAGCCAUCCAAGGACCGUUCUGGACCACCCAAAGCGUUCGAGAAUCCAGACAACAUCGCAGCUGCCAACCCCCAGAGUCCGCGUCUGCCCCUCUGCCUUCUGGAGUAUGGAGUCGGUCGUCUGGAUGCGGCAAGAUGCGGGUUUCAAUUUGCACUUGCGCAGCCCGGCGAAUUCCCGCAACCUACGAAACAGUUGACUGUUUCCCGAUUCGCCCCUCCACAGCAAGCACGCCUGUAUGUCAUCGAGAUCCCCGAUGAACGAGCCACUGGGAACAAUCACAACACGAUGCGGAAGAAGGCCCGUCUCCUUCCCUUCCAUUUACUGCAUCUUCGCCUACGUACACCAGCUUUUGAUCUCGUGCCCCUCGUCGCGACGUUUGCCUCCUCCCGGUUUGCUUAUACCGUGUCUCCAUUGUCCGACUUCCCGAAUCCGAAAACAUCCCACGGAAACUACGUCACAGCAACGACAUCGCCAAAAUCACAUCAGUAG